GACCACUUGGUUUUUUUUUCAUGAUCUCACCGUCCAAACAUUUACUGAUGAUACCAAAACAAGAGAUUAAAAACAAUAAAGCAUCUCUUCCCCUUUAUAAAUCAGAAUUCACAAGCAUCUGUUCAAAAGCACGACAAACCCAUCCCAUGUUCUCUCCCCCACUCUGUCAUCCAAAGUUGAACACAACCAAAAUGGUAUCCCUGGAAACUGCACAGGCAGCUUCCAAGUCCAUCGAGCCAACUUCGAGUCCUCGAAUAUCAUUCUCUGCAGAUUUCCUUGAUGAAAAGAAUUUCAUCUCCAUAACCCCAGAUUCCCAUUUAUGUACUGAAAAGGGUCAUGAAGGGGAAAGAGAGAAAGCAUGGAAUCCAGAGUUUGAGUUUCUCUCAAGCAACUCAGCUAGUCAUAACACCAUGCUAACGGCUGAUGAGCUCUUCUUCGAAGGAAAGCUCCUUCCCUUCUGGCAAACGCAGCAUUCUGAGAAACUCAACCGAAUCAGUCUCAAAACAAAAGAAGGUGGGCAAGAAGAGGAAGAGGGAGAGGUGAACAAAGACGAGAGUAGGGUAAGUUGGUUUGUAGACGAUGACCCGUCGCCGCGGCCGCCUAAAUGCACUGUUUUAUGGAAAGAGUUGCUGAAGUUGAAGAAACAACGGGCUUCUUCUUUGUCACCAUCUUCCUCCUCGUCAUCGUCUUCGAGCUCACUUGUUGAUAUGAACUCCGCAGAUGAAGGGAAGGAAGGAAGGGGGAACGUGGAGAAGAAAAGCAAGAGGAUAAAGAAAGGUUUCGAGAGGACGAGAUCAGCCACUGUGAGAAUAAGGCCUAUGAUCAAUGUUCCCAUUUGCACACAGGGGAAGAGCACUGCUCUGCCACCUUUGUUUUCCCUCAAGAAAGGAAGACUGGAGAGGUAAGGAGAAAUGGAUCUCUUCUGUGGGGUCUCUGAAACUCUUAUCUGUAUUUGUGUCUAAUCUCUCUCUCUCUCUGCUCCUGUGGUUUUCCUAACCCCUUCUAUGUUCUUUCUCAAUUUUUCUCUAUUUCAUGUCUGGUUGAAUGUUGCAUUUGGUGGAUCGGAUGAAUGACAAUGUAAAUGGCAGAAUAUUGUUUUUCUUGAUUGAUAUUCAACACUAAUUUUUGUUUUGUUCA